AAUGGAGGCAAUGUCUUGCCUGACAGGUCUGGGAGGAACUGUCCGAGCUCCCCUUGGAGAGAAGCUUGCCACAUUCAGACAAUCUGCAUGGGGCCAGGAGGUGACCAGCCCUGCAAACCAGCUGCCCAGCCACCCCAGAGGGGCCUGAUCCCAACCCAGCGCUCGCCCGGAGCCCAGAUGGAUCCAGCAGCUUCUCCCUGUGCCGGGGCACCGCAGCCCACAGGGCAUCUUCAUGGCAGGGAUGGGCCUGGCACAGCCCCAGAUCGGCUGGAGAGUCCGGAGCAGGGUGUGCAGGGAGCCAGGGCCAGGACCCCCGCCCCAGCUCGGCUUCGCUGCUGCUGAAUCGGACCCGGUCACAGAGCGGAGCCGACCCCAGCCCAGCGCCUCCAGCAGCGUGUGCAGCCUGAGUGUCGCUGAGAGAGACCAUGGGGCCAGCAGCUGGACCUGCUUGGAGUGAAGAGCCGCUGCAGGAGUGGCCUGUUGAGGGCAAGGGACACCUGGAGACUGGAGGGGAGCCAGACCCUCGUCGCAACUGCAGGAAAUGGAACUACAAGAAAUCUACAAUUGUGCUCGCAGUCGCCCUCGCAAUCAUGUUGUUAGUUCUCAUCAUUCUCCUGGCAGUGUGGAGACCUAAGUGUCCGUCAGCUGAACCGGGGCCCAUUGCUGGCCCCGCGUGCCCAGACGGCUGGAUCGGAUACCGAGGGAAAUGCUACUAUUUCUCUGAGGCCGAAAGGAACUGGACCUACAGCCUGACCUACUGCUCUGCGCUCAGCGCCUCCCUGGCUGAGAUCAACAGUGAGCAGGAAAUGGCUUUCGUGCUGUGCUAUAAAGGCAGAUUUGACCACUGGAUCGGCCUCCGGAGGGACCCUGGGCAGGUCUGGAAAUGGGCCAAUGGCACCAAAUUCAACAACCUGUUUCCGAUCGGAGGAGCAGGAGACUGCGCGUAUCUGAACGGUCUGAGUGCGGUCAGCAGCUUGCAAUGCAGCAGUGAGAGACCCUGGAUCUGCACCAAACCCGAUGCAUUUACACAGGCACAGGAGGCUGCCGUGGAAGGGGGCUGGUAACAAGAGUAUUAUAGAAUCUAGCCCUGGAAAAGCCGGACUGUGAUUUCUUGUGACCAUCACAUCUGAGCAAUUCCGGAAUAUCGGGGAAUGCUCUGCGCAUCACUGGGCAGAGCACUGUGGACUCAGGUGAAAACCAGAGAUGCUAUUUGCACAUCUUGUCCCCCCAUCCGUGCUGUCUCUUUUUCCACCAGUGCAACGGCUCAAAUCCAGCCUUUCCAACCUCCCUCAGCUGCACCAGGAACUCUGCCUAACUGAGGCAAGGCACCAGCCUCCGCUUUCACUGCCCUGACAUUCCCCCACAGAAGCACAGGAGAGUGGGUUUGUGUGUGUGGGGAAAAAAAAAUGGGGGGGGGGGAGAAAACCUGGCUUUGAGCUGGAAAUGGCCCACUUUGAUUAUCAUACACAUUGUAAGGAGAGUGAUCACUUUAGAUAAGCUAUUACCAGCAGGAGAGUGGGGUAGGGGGAGAGAAAACCUUUUGUAGUGAUAAACACCCAUUUUUUCAUGGUUUGUAUGUAUAUAAACAUCUUCUGUAUUUUCCACAGUAUGCAUCCGAUGAAGUGAGCUGUAGCUCACGAAAGCUUAUGCUCAGAUAAAUUGGUUAGUCUCCAAGGUGCCACAAGUCCUCCUUUUCUUUUUGCGCAUACAGACUAACACGGCUGCUACUCUGAAACCUCUCAUGGAUCAGUAACUGGUUAAAAGAUAGGAAACAACAGGAAUAAAUGCUCAGUUUUCACAAUGGAAAGAGGGAAAUAGCUGGGUCCCCUAAGGAUAAGUACAGUUCUAUCCAUAUACACGUGCUUCUACCACUAUCGCUUAUGCCAGCUCCCCUGGUCCCCCUAAGCUACACUGCUCUACACACAGAGAGAUUGGUAGAACGGCAGCUACACUGGGGCCUUUGCUGGCACCCCUCUGUUCGGAAAAAUACCCUUAACCGACGUAGUCACGCUGGUAAGACUUUUCAGUGUAGACCAGGCCUCAAACAGACGUUGGACAUUCAACGUUAGCAAGUUAUACAAUGGGAGCUUUCCCCAAACAUCUCAAAGAAUAAAUGUCAGGCAGCACUCACCGCACUGGAUCUAAUGGGGAACCGUCCACCCAGGGCCAUUUCCCCCCCGGGGGUGUCACUUUAAGGCCAAUCCAGAUGUAGUUUGCAUCUUGUACAACAUCUUGUAUGAAAUCCUGCGAUGUGCAAAGCAGAGGGGGUGGGGAUGAGUAUCCUGUAACAUGCUACAAUUCCCUUAGUGAUCCCAUGAAAUGCCUGCUCUCUCCUUCACUAGCUCUGCCCAUAAUGCCAGCAGGAGACCCCACCAGCCCCUGAGUUAGUUCACCCUCUCCCCUGGGCGGGCAGGGUCCCAGGGCAGGUAAACGUGGCUCUCCCUAUGCAGACAUGGUAACAUCAGCACCAGUCCUUGGUGGCACAGGGUGAGCUGGCCCUUUAAGGGAGUCCUGGGUUGAGCCUCACCUGUGACUAGGUGCCCCUGGACUCAGAGGCAAAGGUGAUGGGAGCAGGUGACCAGGAGCCAGGCCUGGUGGGGCUACAAGGGCAGCCAGUCUGGGCAGGGAGAGAUUUGAUGGGGUAGGAGAUUUGUGUGAGUAGCUCUCUGCAGAAGGGCUCUGCUGAGCUCUCAGACAGAGGGCCUGGGAGUGAAACGCCUACAGGAGCCAGCUGGGCAGCCUGGGGUGGGAAAGCUGUGGGGUUCUUGUUCUGAACUGUAUGUUAAUAAGCCAAACCCCUAGAAGGGGAGAAAACACCCCAGUGUGGAGUUUGAUUUGCGGGGGGGUGGUAGAGUCAGGCUACACUGGGAUUGUAACUAGUGACACACGUCUUUCCCCAGCUGGAGUUGGAUGAGCCUGUAUUUUCUGUUACCAUCUCCUCCCGGUUGUGGAUCACGAGCAUGCGAGAGCUCUUCCCCGAGCAGUCGUCACGGCUCCCAGUCCAGUCUUUACGCUCCUUAGACAGCCAGUAGCACUUGUCCCCGUGCAGCAGCCAGUCCCUGGGGCAGAGUUUGCACCCGGAUCCCUCUGGAGGGAGAGAUGGGAACCGAGGGGUCAUUAAUUCUGAACCUUCAAACUACAGCCGAAUGAAAACUCUUGUUCAAAGUUGUUUUUUAAUGGAAAAUGCCAUUUUGACCCAAAUGAAAGUUUUUAUUUUGAUUGCCAUUUUUCAUUUUUAGAUGGGGGGAGUGGACUUAAAAUGGAAAUACUGGUUUUGAGGGUGGGAGGGAGGAUUUCAUUCAGUUUUGGAGGGGAAAUAAACGUUUACUCUUAACAUUUCCCUCCAUUUGAAAAGUGGGGGAGGACUUUCACUUUUCUACUUCCUUCAAAGGACGUCAAACUGUCAUUUCUUUUCACGUUUUUCAUGAACUAGGCUUACACUGUAUCAGCUCUAGUUCUAGACAUUGCUGACGUUUCCCCUACAGUUGUGUAAAAAGCAGGGCUGUCAAUUAAUCGCUGUUAACUCACGUGAUUAACUCAAAAAACUGUGAUUAAAAAAAUUAAUCGUGAUUAA